AUGGAUUCAGUUAGUAAACCAGACGGUGUCACCGGGAAACUGUGUAAUUGGAUUGCAAACAUAAAGUACAGCGACAUUCCCGAACACAUCAAGGAAAGAGCCAAGUACUUGUUACUCGACGGUAUCGCUUGUGCACUCGUUGGCGCACAUCUUCCAUGGUCAGAAACAGCUGUCAAUGCCCUACUGGAAUAUGAAGAUACAGCUAACAAUGGUCCGUGCACUCUAAUCGGAUGGCCUGAUCGUCAUCUGAGUCCGAUGAAUGCGUCGCUACUAAACAGCACAUUUAUUCAAGGUUUUGAACUUGAUGACUGGCAUUUUAUUGCGCCUCUACACAGCAAUGCCAUCCUUCUAUCAUCGUUACUCGCACUCGCAGAUAGAUCGUUAGUCCAAGCACUUAGUUAUCGGAAUAUAUGUGCUUCAAAUUUUUAG